AUGAGCAAGAACAAAUAUCAUCACCUGCUUACAUACUGGCUUCGCAUCCACAUGGCCAAUCACGAAGCUAUCUUCAACACACUCAAACUGAUCAAGUACCGCCAACCAUCAAUCGACAACUUUGCAAAGUCCCUAGCAGACUACAACCCUCUUCUUGACGAAUACUCUCAGCCUGUGACAUUCAACUCGAUCGGUCUGUUGUGUCGCCAUGUCAAUGACCUUGCCCUGUUCCAAAGAGUCUACACUGCGUUCGAGCCAAUGUUUCAACUGACCAAGUCUUGUAAUCGCGACACACAAGUAUCAUUGGUCGACGAGGCUUGUUUCUCGGGCAGCAUCGACAUUGCCAAGUUCCUCGUGAGCAAGGGCUUUCAUAUGGAGUCGGCUUACCACGCAUUGGGCGCCGCCGUUGACAAGGGCAACCUUGAACUGGUCAAGUACAUAUUGGAGAUCAGUCCUGUUCAGAGCGACUACACAAUGACUCGAACAGCAAUAUGCAACGCAUUCAACCAAGCAUUGCUAACGAACAACAUGGAGAUUGCAAAGUAUCUUGAGCCCGACUUGCAAGGCACCAAGCUCAGCAUGUUGACCUUGACCCAGCUGUUGGACAAGAAUCUGGACGCGAUGGUCGACUAUGUGUUUAGAUGCAAGAUGGUACAGACGCCCAACUCACCCGUCAACGUAUAUCAAUACCCUAUCAAACGGAACAACUUCGAGCAACUCAAUCAAUUCAUUGAAUACUUCAACUUCCCUGUGGAGCUAUACGACAUGACUGUGGCGGUCGGUGUGAAGGGAGGCAUUGAAAUGGUAAAGUUUGUGUACCGCAUGCUCAGGCCACUGGGCCAUACUCCGAUCAAUGGUGUGCUGACUCAUGCGGCGAGUGGUGGAGACAUGGACAUACUCAGAUAUCUGGUAGAAGAGUUGAAGGUGGCAGUGGACAAGGAGGCACUAGACAGCGCAGCAAAGACAGGCAACAUCCAAGUGUUUAGCUACCUGUUGGAGAAUUCUAGCAAUCAAUGUCGUUGUUCACCAAAUGUGUUUGAUCAGCUGGCUGCCAAUGGUGACCUGGAGAUCAUACGCCUGCUCCAUACUCAGCGAUCAGGUGUUCAAACAUGUUCAGCCAAUGCUUUGACUGAGGCUGCGUCAAAAGGACACCUCGAGGUUGUCAAGUUCCUAAGUAUGAAUAGGACAGAAGGCAUGGAACUACAUACUGCGGCAUGGUGUGUUGCAGCUGGCCGCAUACAAGUGCUCGAGUUCCUGCUUGCACACAACCGAGCUGAUAUCAACUUCAAGUCUGUUGAGGUUGUCAACAAUGCAUGUCGCAAUGGAAAUGUGCCAUUGAUUCAGAUGCUUCUAAAGGAAGGCUUCGCUGUGGACACUACAGCCAUGGACAUUGCGGCCGCACACAAUCGAUUGAACGUUGUACAGUACCUUCACGCGAAUCGAACUGAGGGCUGUACGACAGCAGCAAUCGACACAGCAUCGAGCAAUGGACAUCUGGAAGUGGUACGCUUCUUGAACACAUACAGGAAGGAGGGCUGCACGUUCAGCGCGAUGGAUGGUGCAGCCAAGAAUGGCCAUCUCGACGUUGUGGAGUACCUACACGAGUCACGCACUGAGGGUGCUUCGUGCAUUGGACUGGACAGGGCAUGUGUCAACAAUCAUCUGGACGUGGUCAAGUUCUUCCUUGAGAAGCGAGAAGAGCGAUGGAGUGACAGUGGAAUGGAGGCCACAGCGUUGAAAGGCAACACCAAGAUGCUUCGAAUGAUGAGGCUUCACAUCAAUCCAACAAUGUUCAUUGAUAGGUCUUCAUUGACAUCACGCUAUCAGACACCUCAGACUCUGCGAUCAAUACUCUGUCUCCAUCAACUGGGUCUGAUCAAAUUGAGUGACUAUGUAAAGGCCUUCACACCUACCAUUGACAGCAAGUACCUACUGCUACAACUUCAAUCACCCAAGAAAAUGGAUAUGGACAAGCUCUUGGACACUGUCCACGCAUUCACCGUAUACCGCUCUGACCAGCCCAAGGAUGACAAGUCAUCCAAGCCCAGCUUUGCAGUCUCACUCAUUGAUAAGGCACAAUCAUUCUUUAGCAGGUCUAACAAAUGA